AUGACAUACCGGGGUAACGGGAACUACCAUAAGCGGGGAUGUUCGUGUGGAAAACGACAACCCGACAACGCGACGGUGGUGCGUUGUGAGGGCGACCUGGACCGAGAUCCAAGAUGGCCGCCGUCUGCCCCUGACUACCCGGUAGCGUUGCACGUAGCCCCCGGGAUGCUGGCUGCUGUGCCGCGUCUCCAUCUCGUAGAACUGCAUGCUCCUUAUAACGAAAUAACCAGCAUUGAUAAGGAGGACAUACCUGAUACCUUGCGAGUCCUUGACGUACGCAAUAACAGCAUCGCGCACAUCACAUCGGCUGCAGCAGAGGCGCUUCUGAGUCUGAGCAAAAACCUUGGCUACAAUGUAUCGCUGGCAGGCAACCUGCUCGCCUGUCGGUGUGAAGAUGAAUUAGCUAUUGCGACGCUUCAGCGUGCCAAGAUAACGGACUGGAAUACGACGCAGUGUGUUGACCGUCACUAUGUUGUUGAUAAGAGGAAAUUAUGUCAAGACAAAAUAUUUAUGAUAAUGCUAGGAGUCGUAGGUGCUUUGUUCACAUUGGCAUUAAUAGCACUAGCUUCUCUCUGGUUGCAACCGCGCUUUAAUCAGUUCCUUUUUAAUCAUGGUUUGUGCUUGAAAUAUUUACUGAAUUUUAAAGAUAUCUCUGAAGAUCCUAUGAAAACACACGAUGUGUUUAUAUCGUAUUCGCAUAAAGAUUUGCAGUUCGCCAAAACUUUGAUUCAAAAACUUGAGAGUUACUGCUAUACCACUAUAGAACACUGUCGUGAUUGGCUUCCAGGAGAAUCAGUUAUUCAGCAGAUUACUGACUCCGUUAUGAGCGCACGGCGAACUCUGCUGCUCGUGUCCGAUAACUACGCUGAAUCGAAGUGGGCUCUAGAAGAGUUCCAUGCCGCUCAUCAACAUGCUAUGGAGCACGGUUCAGCUCGGGUGAUAGUGGUACUAUGUGAAUUACAAUCACCUAAGAAAUUACCAGAGGAACUUCAACUUUAUCUUAAACAUAACACAUAUCUCGAUUGGGGUGAUCGUUAUUUUUGGGACAAGCUGUGUCGAGUUAUGCCCCGGCCGCAAGUUAUCCCGCAACCCAUAAUAGAGGAACCAUUAAAUGAUAAAGCAGUCCCACCUGUUAAACGGCAAGAAAUAAUUGCUGAUCCUGCUUUGUUGUUGUCACGGUUAUCAUUGGAUAAAAACUCACCACUUUCCGAUCUGGUACUAGUCGCACCUGUAAAAUCGCAUUAUAGUUCGCAAGAGUCGUCAGGACAAUCUUCCCCUGUCACUCCAGUUGUUACAGAACUACCACCACUCGGUACUCAUAUCUAUAAAGAACCAUGUACUGUCAGGAUUUCAUCUCUUCAGUCAAAUAUCCAGAGAGCAAUGCCAGCGCCAGUGUUUCAAGUAGCUUGUUAGCUCCUGCUAAUGUUCCUACAUUUGCCAAGGGCUUAUUUAUGUAAAUAGGUACUUUUUAUCUCAAAAUGCAUUUAUUACUUGUGUAAGUAGUUAGGUUAGUACUUAUAGUUUAAAAAAAACCGGCCAAGAGCGUGUCGGGCCACGCUCAGUGUAGGGUUCCGUAGUUU